AUGUCACAAAAUGAAGUUAACAGCCAGAGUUCCCAGGCCAAUGGGCAUGGUGAGGGGACCGAUGAGGGCAUCCUCGGAAAUGGCAAGAAACAAAUAUUCCUAAAUGCGUUUGACAUGUCUACUGUGGGACAUUUGUCACCAGGACAAUGGAAAAACCCUGCUGACAAGUCAGCGACCAAACGGAAGCUUGAGUAUUGGGUGGAGCUCGCGAAGCUCCUUGAAAAGGGUGGCUUCAACGCUCUUUUCUUAGCAGAUACAUAUGGCGGCUACGACACAUAUGAGCAGAGCCUCGAUAACUGCAUCAGACGAGCCGCGCAAUGGCCGAUGACAGACCCUACAAUUCCUAUCACCGCCAUGGCGGCUGUGACCAAGAAUCUGGGCUUCGCCAUUACGGCGUCAACAUCCUUCGAGCCCCCAUUUCUGUUGGCAAAGCGGUUCUCCACUUUGGACCACUUCACAGGAGGACGGUUCGGUUGGAAUAUCGUCACGUCAUGGAAAAAGGCAGCUUUCAAAGCAAUUGGUCUUGACAACCCUAUCGAGCAUGAUGAACGAUAUCGCCAAGCAGACGAGUAUCUCCGCGUCUUGUACAAGCUCUGGGAAGGUUCCUGGGCAGAUGAUGCAAUCUCUCCAGAUGUCGACAACGAUAGCUAUGCUGACCCAGAUAAAAUUCGGACCAUCCGUCAUCAUGGAAAAUACUACAACCUUGACUCCCGACACAUCGUGGACCCGUCGCCUCAAAGAACCCCUUUCCUGUUCCAGGCGGGGACAUCAGCAGCAGGAUCUGAGUUUGCCGCGAACCACGCGGAAGGUAUAUUUGUGUCUUCCCACUCGCCAAAGGUGUUGAAGCCGAAGAUUGAUAAGAUCAGAGAGCUGGCUGCAAGCAAAGGGCGCGACCCACGUUCAAUCAAAUUCUUCGGCACCUAUACGCCUAUCGUAGGGCGCACCGAUGAGGAAGCCCAAGCAAAGUAUGAAGAGCUCAAGAAAUAUGCCUCGACAGUCGGGGGGCUCGUGCUUGUGAGCGGAUGGACUGGCAUUGAUCUUUCGAAGAUCCCCAUCGAUCAAGAAGUCACAGCUGCGGACUCAUUGGAAGCACACAAGGUUCGCAGCCUUCUAGAUUCCUUCACCACAACUAGUGAGCACAUCCCAAAGUGGACGCCGAGAGUCAUCGCGGAGAAGGCGGCAAUUGGAGGGUUGGGGCCAGUCGGUAUCGGUAGCCCCCAGACAGUGGCAGACGACAUGGUGCGCUGGAUUCAGGAGGCCGAUCUAGACGGCUUCAACAUCGGCCAUGUCACCACUCCCGGGACUUUCGAAGACGUGGUCGAGUUGUUGAUUCCGGAGUUGAGGCGUCGUGGCAUUUACCCUGAGGCGAAAGAUGAUGGCGAAGGGCUCACAGCAAGAGAGAGGAUCUACGGACAAGGGCAGAGCGGGCUGCGAGACGACCAUCCCGGCUCGACUUACAAGUAUGACAGGUACAAGGAAGAACCCCCAUACCAGCCCAACAUUGAGGGGGCGGUAGUUGGGGGAGAGGAGGUUGCCGAAAGCGCUGGACCAGCCGCCUCCUGA